AUGGAUGUCACAGCUGCCGCCAAUGCAACCCAUCGAGGACCACUCGCACCCUCAUCUCCAGAUGUCAUGAACGACCCCGCAUUCGAUACAAACACACAAUUGCAAGACCAACGCCAUGAUGAGGUUGAUACUUGCCGGAUAUGUAGAGGUGAAGGGACUUCGGACGAGCCACUGUUUUAUCCUUGCAAAUGCAGUGGAAGCAUCAAGUUCGUCCAUCAAGAGUGCCUGAUGGAGUGGCUGUCACAUUCUCAGAAGAAGUACUGUGAGCUGUGCAAGACACCUUUCCGAUUCACGAAACUAUAUCACCCACAAAUGCCCAGUCAGCUUCCGACAGCCGUAUUCUGUCGCCGUGCAAUAGUUCACCUGCUGAGCUAUGUCGUCGCCUGGUGCCGCGCUGUGUUGGUGGCAUUCGUAUGGCUCGUUUGUCUCCCCAUGUUUAUUAGGAUAACGUGGCGCUGGAUAUUCUGGAUCGGAGAUGCAGGAUGGGCAAGAGAAGCGUAUCUGAGAAGACCGCGAGACCACAACUUUAACAUUACAGUCACCGCUGGUCCGGAUGGCGUUAGUCGAACACUGGUUCACCAAGCCAUAUCAUCAGGCAUUUCGAACUUGACCGGCACAUCAUUGGCUGAUCCACAAGAACCCUCGAUGCUUAUGGCCGUGAAGAAGCUUAUCUUCGGUAUGCGUCUUCCGGUCGACACAGGCAGUAAUUCCAGCGGCACGUUCAACCCUGGUCUUGAGGCUGCCCUGGAUCAAAGCACUAGUCUCUUGUCCGAUGUUACUUGGUUCAAACUUCUCUCUGCUUCGGACAACCUGAAUCGGAUCCUAUUGGAUAUUCUAGAGGGUCAAAUAAUCACCUUGAUGGUGGUAGCCGCUUUCAUCCUGAUCUUCCUUAUACGCGAGUGGGUCGUACAGCAACAACCCAUGAUCAACAUGGCAGCAUUCGGAGCCGACCGUCUAGAUAGAGGCCAAGCUGAUGCGGCAGCAAAUGUUGAAGAACCCAAUGAGCCCCCUCCAGAACGAGCCCGAGACGAGUUGAAUGCCAAUGAGGGCGUGGACAACCAGGGUGCUGUAUCCGAUGAUGAUAUACCCACUGAUAGUGACAUCCGGCCUAGCGACACUGACGGCCUUCCUGAUGAUGAAGUGGACAUCGAUGAGGAAUACGCUCAUAAUAAGUCAGCGCAUAGAGAUAGAAUGCCUCCGCACGUGGUUCGGGCGAUGGAUUCAGCAGUUCAUUUUCCGCCUCAUAUGCAGAACGCUUGGUCAGAAGCAAUACUCCGCGAGGACCGGGCUGCCAUGAAUUAUCUUCUACGAAACCUAACUCCAGAAGAGAUUAAUACUCAUGGGCAGACCAUUGCGAACGAAGACGACCAAAACGAAUAUGUCGGCGAGGGCAUCUAUGUCCAUUCUGCCGAGGAAAAUUCAAAUUCUCGUUCUAGGAGUACUCUUGGGAGCCAAAUAACAGACAGUCCGUCUAUAUACGAUACAGUUGAAGACAGCGAUAACAGCUCUGCAGUUAUUUCGGAAACAAACCCGCAACAGGAGCUUGAUAAAAAGGGAAAACGCAGAGCCUCUGAGGCUAUAGAUCCACUAGUUUCAAACAGCUCCAGCAGCUCCAACAACCCAUUGGAGCAAUUUGAUACCAUUCCAUUAUCGGAAGCUAAAUCAAGUAUGCAAAUGGAUGCUGCCGAGGACGCAGAGUUGUUGUUCACACCCAAUGACCUGCCCUCUUUUGGCCAGGGGCAGCCAACUCCGGAUCACCCCCAACCUGGGACAGACAUUGCAGUCGAGGAGCCAUCACGUCCAUUGAUCGAUCUGAUCUGCGAUUGGUUCUGGGGUGACGUCGCCCCAGCAGACCCCAUAGUGCACGAUACAGAACCAAGCGAUGAACACAUUGUCCGUGAUCUUGCAGACGAAGCACCCUUUGUUGCUAUUGACAAUAAUCGGAUAGCCAACGAGGCUGAAGACGACGACGAUGAUGAUGAUGAUGACGAUGACGAUACGGACGGUCUAAAUAAUAAUAACCAAGACGCUGUUGAAGACGCAGAAGAUAUGGAAGGGAUUAUGGAACUCAUUGGACAGCAAGGUCCUAUUAUGGGACUCGUCCAGAAUGCAGCCUUUAGCGUUCUUCUGAUCGCUCUAACGUUAACGCUGGCUGUGUUUGUACCAUUUCUGCUGGGAAAAACCGUCUUACUAUUCGUCGGCAGUCCCUUCUCGGUAUUCUUCAAGAUCCCAUUACGUUUCAUGUCCGGUUUCGCGGAUGUCAUUAUUGAUAUAAGCCUUGUGGUGGUGGGAUCAGUUGGCUACGCUGCCACAACUCUUUUGCGCAUUGUACUCAAGCCUUUGGAGACCCUUUCACCCGCUGCACAUUUCAAACGAUUUCUUGAAACGUCCAAGGACUCAACCUGGCGAACGGCCGGAUCGUCAAUUGACCGCGUCUUGGGAAUCAUCUUACCGACCUAUGCCAGCACCAACACUUCGAGCCAACUCUUCGAGAUCGACCCACUAUGGCUAUCAUUGAGGGCACACGUAAUUCUCCGGAACAUCGAGGAGGCCUUCUCAACCAUAAUGAUUGCCAUCAAUGCAGAGAUUAGCGAUUUUUUUACAGCCAUGUCCAGCGAUACCAGAAUUGCCUACAUCCGACAGACCCUAGCGUCCGUUGAGUCUCACGUACACGACUUGGCGAAGUCUCUAUUCGUCGCUACAAAGCAGACUGGUAUUGCGGCGUGGCAAAACAGGAGCCUAACCAUGUCGCUUGACAUAUCCAAAUCCCCAGCAUUCGAAGAUCCAUCUCUCCUGUAUUGGGGGGCAUGGGACCGAGUGACUGCUAUUCUAAUUGGGUAUGUUUUCCUAGCUUUGGUUGGCGCUACAUAUCUCAGAAGAGGCACACCCAUCAGUUCAGGUCGCGAAGGCCGCAAGAUCGAAGCUGUUAUCACGGAUAUUUUGCAGCAAGCUGGAGGAAUCUUCAAGGUCAUACUGAUAAUCAGUAUUGAAAUGAUUGCUUUUCCCCUUUACUGUGGUAUCCUCUUAGAUGUUGCACUAUUACCGCUAUUCACAGGAACCAGUCUACAUUCCAGAUACAGCUAUGCUCGGAGCAGCCCUUGGACAGCAGGAUUUGUGCAUUGGUUUGUCGGUACAUGCUACAUGUUUCAUUUCGCCUUGUUCGUAUCGAUGUGCCGGAAAAUUAUGCGGAAAGGUGUCCUCUACUUCAUCCGCGACCCUGACGACCCGACCUUCCACCCAGUGCGAGAUGUAUUAGAGCGCAGUGUCACUACGCAACUACGAAAAAUCACAUUCAGCGCCAUCGUCUACGGAGUCCUCAUCGUUUUUUGUCUAGGCGGAGUAAUAUGGACAUUGGAUCAUAAUUUCAGUCAUGUGCUUCCGAUUCGAUGGGCUACGAACCAGCCUGCACUGGAAUUCCCCCUGGACCUUCUCUUCUAUAACUUCCUUACACCGGUCGUCAUCAGGAUUCUGAGACCAUCGGAAAUUCUACACUCGGUCUAUCAGUGGUGGUUUAAAACCUGCGCUAGAUUGCUGCGACUCUCAGACUUUUUGUUCGGUGGUAGUCCUAAGAAUGAACAGCACCCAAGUCUCAAGCGUACUUGGAACUUCUGGUCCGGCUCCGAUAUGUACAAUGAGGACUCGGCAAGUGUGCCCCGAAAACUGGUUGAUGGGAGAUUCGUCCGCGCACCGGCAUCAGAUCAAGUACGCAUUCCUAGGGGCGAGAGUGUCUUCGUGGAGGUUGACGAAAACAACCAGCGCCUCGACGGCAAGGAAGAAGAUAAGACCGUUCAUGGUCGCCAACCAGACAUGGUGACCGUGGUGUACAUCCCUCCUUGGUUCAAACUUCGAAUUUUUCUUUUCAUCGCCUCAUUAUGGCUUUUUGCAGCUACCACAGGCGUCGGCGUCACGAUCGUUCCGCUGCUCUUCGGUCGCAAAUUCUUUUCUCUUGUGAUACCCAGCGAUAUUGAAAUGAACGACAUAUAUGCGUUUUCAUUCGGCGCAUAUACACUCGGCGGCUUCCUCUACGCCGCCACACACAUCCGAUCCGCAUACCAAUGGCUAAAAACUCGUACAGCCGUGACUCUGCAGGAAUCAUUUACCAAGACCGUGCUCGCGCUCCGCGAUCACAGUAUCCAAGUUCUCGGCUUCAUCUACGUCUACAGCAUGUUAGUUGUGGUACUCCCCAUCGCUCUCGCCCUCCUCAUGCAGGUUUACAUACUCAUUCCUAUCCACACAUAUGUUGGACCCGACGAAACCCACGUCGUCUUCCUCAUUCAAGACUGGACGCUUGGGUACCUUUUCGGCCGCAUCAUAUACCGAUUCUUCUUUGCAGAUACUACAUCGCGUUCCGGCCGUGUCAUGCAGGCCGUCAUGCGCGACGGCUUCGCGCACCCGAACGCACGUCUGGCAACCCGCUGCUUUGUCCUCCCACUCUUCCUGGCCUUCGCCACGGCCUUCGUCCUGCCCUCAGUGCUAGCCACACUUCUGAGUAUCAGCAUCUUCGCGGGCGAAAGCGAGAGCGUCAAGAGCCUUAUCUUCCGCUUCUCGUUCCCGGCCGUACUGGCGCUUGUGCUGAACGUUUGGAUGACCAGAGAACUGCUCAGUGCGACGACGCGGUGGCGCGGUUUGAUUCGCGACGAGGUCUACCUGAUUGGUGAAAGGUUGCAUAAUUUCGGAGAGAGGAAACCGGGGCCUGUGAGCAGGACUGUGGCGGAGACGGUAGAGAGGGCUAGAGGGGCCGAGGCGGCUCUUGGUGCCUGAGCAGUGAGUUGCGCCACAUAAGUCGUGGGAAUGGGGCACUGCAAUGAACAUGAUUGGGGGCGUUGAAAGGGGUCAGUCAAUGCGGGAGGAAGAUUAGGGACAUCAAAAGGCAAUGUGCAGAUAGCCCGCGCGUAUGCCUAAUCCCUGCUUUUCGUUCAAGUUUGUUUCUUUCUUCUUCUCAUCGGCUUGUGUGUAUGUUAUCGAUAUAAUAUGAUACAGGAAAAUGGAGUAUCUAUCUACAAUAUAAAAAUUCAAAC